AUUUAUUUCACCCCCUACACUUUUUUCAUAGUGAAAAAAUGAACAGACUUGUAUAUGAAUGAAUCUUACCUAAUUGGUUGGUUGAAUAUCACUGAUUAGCCGCCAAAUUGUGAAGCUUCAAAAUCGAGCUCAACUCGAAGAACAAUCAAAACCCACUAAUUCAAACUCAAUCCAAGCCUUCAAUGGACGAUCGAGUGAACCUAACGUGCCACGCCUGUGGCAACCUCGGCUUCGCCGACGGAUCAGACGGCUUCUUCUACUGCCUCCGCUGCGGCUCCCAAGCCGAAGACAUUGUCGACACCGCCGUGGCCGACGAAGACUUUGUCGAUCCCGGCGCCGGCGCCGGGGCCUCCGGCGGUAUCUACUUGGCCAGCCACCGCCGCCAAACCCCCGUCGCAGUGAAAGCCGAACCGAUCUCUCAGUCCCAACCCCAAUCCCAAUUCUGGGAAUCUCUCAAUGCCCUAGAAAACGAUGCGAAGAAAGAGGAGGGUCGGGUCGGAUAUGGGGUGGGUCCGACCAGCCCGAGCGAUUUUGGGUCGGGUUCGAGGUCUGUGAGUUACGAUGAUUACUAUUCGGAGAUUAGGUUGAGGUAUGUGAUGGGUUUUCAGAUUAUGAUUCAGAUGCAGUGCAAGGCUUUGGUUGAGAAUUUUCGGGUCAACCCGGUUAUAUAUGGGUUGGCUGGGACGAUUUGGUUGCGAUUCGUGGCGUUUACUAGAGUGUUUGAUGAUAAUUGGGCUGAUGAGGCUAUUCAUGAAUCAGAAUCGCAGAAAGAAGGGCAGCCAGAUGAUUUUAAGCCUCGUGCUAAAUACAGUGCAGAGCCUCACAAUAUUCAUGGCCAGCGAGCAGUAAUGAUUUGGUAUAAAUUGCUAAGCAAGGCGAUACCCUUAUCUCAUUCUUUGGCAAUAUCUUUUUUGGUGUGUCAUCUCGCGAGGGAGGCCGUACUGCCAACAGAUAUUUUGAAAUGGGCACUUGAAGGGAAGCUUCCUUAUUUUGCUGCUUUUGUCGAAAUUGAGAAACAAAUUGGGCCUCCAUCAAAUGCAUGUCCAUUUAGUUCAAGUCUUAUGUUCAAACCUUCGGAAACUGUUCCAUCAUACAAGUUGGAAUCACUGUCAGCAUCUAUUGCUCAAACAAUAGGCUUGGAAUUACCUCCAGUCAAUUUCUAUGCUAUAGCUUCACUCUAUCUAACGCAGUUAUCACUUCCUGUGGGGAAAAUUCUACCAUCUGUUUGCCAGAUAUACGAGUGGUCUUUGCCUCCUGAGUUGUGGCUAUCAGCAAAUGAGUUGAGACUUCCUACUCGUGUUUGUGUAAUGUCAAUGGUGAUUGUAGCAAUAAGGAUGCUAUAUAACAUAAAUGGUUUCGGGUUUUGGGAAAUGAGUUUGUCUAGUUCCACCGGAACUUCUAAUGGGAAUAGUCAGGGGGAACACACAUGUGACGCUGAUGUAAGAGUUGAUGCUAACCAGGGUUCACCGUCCCCUGGUUUGGAUGGUACGGGUACAGACCCUUUCAAAAACUCCUCACAUGAGAAAUCUGAGUUGGAUGCUGUGGAGCUUUUGCGUAACCUUGAAGUUCAGAAAGUGGUUGUCGAAGAGAAAUAUGAGUAUUCAAAGGAUUUGCCAACCUAUCUACAAUAUUGUAAGGAUGUGGUUUUUGCCGGAUUAGGACCAUCAUUUGAGGAUAUUGAGGAAGAGAAGUUAAUUGAGGAGUUAUGGGACUUUUAUGAGGCUAAAAAGCAUUCUGGACCAUCGAAUCACCCUGAAGUGGGAUCUAAUGGUGGUUUGCACCAGAAGAGAUCUAGAGAUGAUGUGAUGAGCUCGGUAGAGGAAAGCAAAAGGAAAAGAGAGAACAGGUCUACCGGCAGUCCAUCCACUGAUGUUGAAACCUCUCAUGCUGAUGAUUGUACACAACAGAGCAUGAGUAUUGAUGAUUGCUCUCCAAGUGAGAGUGAUUCAUUACCCGGUGCUCAAACUUCCUUAGAGACUCGCAAAGAUAGAGCCAUUAGACAAAUGAAGUCAAACAUGGAGGAGAAUAGGUUCUGUUACAUUCCACCAAGGGUCAAUGUUAAGAGAUUAGAUUACCUCUACUAUGUGAGGAAGAAGGAUGAAGGUGCCUACACUUAUGCUGCCCAUGCUGAUUACUACAUUUUGCUUCGUUCUUGUGCACGUGUAGCCCAAGUUGACAUUAGGGUUAUGCAUGCUGGUGUGUUGAGCUUUGAGCGGAGAUUGGGUUGGUUUGAAAAGAGAAUCGAUCACUGCUUGAGUUUGAAACCUCAAAAUGACGAUGCUUGUGAAUUUUGCCGUGAAGAGAUGAAAAAAACUGCUACAAAUGAUUCAAUUGACGUUUCAAGGUUGAAUUUGUGAGUCCGAGUGAUUUAAUCUUUUCCCUUGGGUCGAAAUGUUUUUCUUGUUGCAGCAGCAGCAGCUGCAACAGCAACAGCGACAAUCCAGGAUCCCACUCCCCAAGAAGCAAAAAGGAGUUAUAGUGCUUGUUUGGACAGAUCCAUUCACCCCACUACUCAAGACAAUAGAGGAUGAAGAAGAAAAUGAGGUUUUUAUUCAUGGAGGCAUCUGCUCCGCCUGGUCACGCCUUCCCCUCACCUUGAAAGCUCUUGCAAUUGGGUUGUUGCGAUUUUAGGUGAAAAAAAAAUCCAUCCUGGACUAUGUGCAGAUGUGUUGUGAUAUUAUAGAAGUAUGUGUGUGUGUGUGUUUUUGGUAUUCAAGUAUCAAUGUAUCAUCAUAUAUAAUUGUCUGAAUUACUUCCAAUCCCAUCUUAAGCAUUUGAAAAUUGAUGUUGGUUUCUAUAUUGAUGCUUGCAUCAGCUGCUUCUGUAACCCUUUAUCAGGUGAGGCUAAUAUGAAGUUUUGACUCUGAUUUUUGCAGA